AUGACAUCAUCAUCAGAACUGGACACCUUGCGGUCCGAAAUCGAGCGCCUAACGCGGGAGCUGGACCAGGUGAGCAGCGAGAAUAUACAAUCGGCCAAGUAUGGCUUGGGGCUGCUGGAGGAAAAACAAAACCUACAAGUGAAAUGUGAAGAGCUGGAAUCGCUGUACGAGAAUACCAAACUCGAACUCGACAUUACACAAGAGGCUUUACAAAAAUUUCAAAAAACACAACAAGUCACCACGAAGACAGGCAUCGAACAGGAAGAUGCAUUGCUCAACGAAUCGGCUGCGAUGGAAACAUCCCUCAACAUGCAGAUCGUGGAACUGGAAAAUGAAACCAAACAGUUGCGCCACGAGCUGGAUCGUGUCACGAGCGAACGGGACCGCAUGCUGCAGGAGAACGCCGAAAUUGGGCGCGACAAGUCCGGUACCGAGGCGGAACGGGUGCGGCUUAAAGCCGAGCUGAAGGAUAUGAAGUAUCGGGAAGCUCGUAUGCUGGCCGAUUAUUCCGAACUCGAAGAAGAAAACAUUUCCCUCCAAAAACAGGUGUCCAGUUUGCGCAGCUCUCAGGUGGAAUUUGAAGGCGCAAAGCACGAAAUCCGACGACUUACGGAGGAAAUUCAGCUGUUGAAUUCGCAAGUGGAAGAAUUGGCUAGUCUUAAAAAAAUAGCUGAGAAACAGAUGGAAGAUGCCUUGACUGCACUGCAAGUUGAAAGGGAGAAUAAAUACGCUUUGAAGAAAGAGCUUGAUGCACAUAUCAACCGUGAAUCGAUGUACAAUAUAAGUAAUUUGGCAUAUAGUAUACGUAGUAUGGAAGAAAAUGCCCUAAACAGCAGUGACUGCGAAGAGGAAAUACCAUCAUUGAGAGAUUCCACCCUAAAACGUUUGGAAGCUACGCUCGAGGCAGAAACAGCAGAUCUGAAGUCACCCGAUGGCACAAAGGGUGACCUGUUCUCUGAGAUUCAUCUGAAUGAGCUUAAAAAACUCGAGAAACAACUGGAAACAAUGGAAACCGAGAAGCUCUGCCUGACUGCCAAUCUGCGCGAUGCUCAACAGAAUCUGGAUAAAAGCCAGAACGAUUUACAAAACUUUAUGGCAAAGUUGAUGUUGCUGGCAGCACACGUUGACGCACUGCACACGCUCAAAAAGCAGAUUCAAAUCGAAGAAAACAUUACCAUGUCUGCUGCAAAGGACAAAGAUGUGAAUGACAAAUUGAACGAAGCCAUCAUGCAGUACUCGAGCUGGUUUACACUAAGCUCGAAGGAAAUUGAUACUCUUAAGGCUGACUUGGCAGAACUGCAAAAGGGAUUGAACUGUUCCGAUGCAAUGACUGUACUGCGUAAUGAAAUAACAAAUCUAAAGAACAAGUUACUGUCGGUUGAACAAAAGUCUUUAGACUUGCACAGUGACAUUCAAGUGCUUACGACACUUUCGCAAACAGCCGGCCAGAGUUUGAACACGACACGAACUAAUCUGGUUGCAUUAAGCGACGAUUUAGCGCAGCUAUAUCACUUGGUAUGCACGGUUAACGGAGAAACCCCAAAUCGUGUACUGCUGGACCACAAGAACGACGAUUUAAGCUUCGAGAACGAUUCAUUGACGGCGAUUCAGUCGCAAUUGAAAUCGGACAUACUCACUUCGAAGCCACACGUUUUUGAAGACCUGCAAGCACUGAGCGAUGCAGUUGAGAUUCGCAAAUACGUUGACACUGUGAGUGAUCAAAUUCGGUACCUUAAAACGGCCGUCGAGCACACGAUCGAGCUGAACAAGGAUAAGGUGGUGACCGAUUCGUCCGUUACGUCGUCGGGCGAUGUAAAGGAGGCAAAGGAAGAGAUUGCCGAUCUGCACGAACAAAUCAUUAAGCUGCGCAGCCUCCUUUCGACGAAGCGAGAACAGAUUGCAACGCUACGGACCGUUCUUAAAUCCAACAAGAACACGGCUGAAGUGGCACUGACGAAUCUGAAAUCGAAGUACGAAAACGAGAAGCUGGUCGUCAGCGAUACUAUGUCAAAGCUGCGAAACGAACUACGCAUUUUGAAGGAAGAUGCGGCAACAUUCUCCAGUCUUCGCGCUAUGUUUGCUGCUCGUUGCGAGGAGUAUGUGACUCAGGUUGACGAACUAACGCAUCAGCUCGCGGCAGCUGAAGAGGAAAAGAAAACUCUCAACCAGCUACUUCGGUUGGCUGUACAGCAGAAACUAGGAUUGACACAAAAGCUCGAGGAGCUUGAGAUGGACCGUGAAAUGCGCCAUGUGCGUCGUCCUGCAGCUUCUCAACGUGGUGGUGGUGGAGGCGGUGGAGGAGGAGGCGGAAAGUCGGCCUUCUCUCGCGGUCAGCCGGCCCGCAACAGCCUUCAAAACCCGAACAGCAACAGCAAUAGUAACAAUCCGAACCAAGCUUUCUUCUAACAUAAGGUGAGCGUACAACGUAAAAUUCUGGCGUUCCUUUACACACUGCUUAAGCUGUAAAGCGG